GUUUCCUACUGUUUUUCUGAUUUGCACUAUUUUCUUAUUUUAUGAGUCCAAGAAAGAAUAACAGAGAGAUUUUAAUUAUAAUUCCUUGAGUUCGACUGCUAAAUUUUCCCAACAAAUGAUUAUUGAAACGUCUUUUCAUGAUCCCGCGGGUGGUACGCUUUCCAAGAUGGCUGGUGUAGGUCCUAUUGUUAGGUGGAGGAAAGUUUCGGCGGCCACUGGGAAUGUCCCCAGAUCAAGACACGGACACAAAGCUGUGGCUAUCAAGGACUUGAUCGUUGUUUUCGGUGGUGGGAAUGAGGGAAUAGUGGACGAACUUCACGUUUUCAAUACGACAACCUGCCAAUGGUUUCUUCCCGCUGUACAUGGAGAUAUUCCUCCAGGAUGUGCAGCUUUCGGAAUGCUGGCAGAAAACACUCGUGUGCUCAUGUUUGGUGGCAUGCUUGAGUAUGGCAAAUAUUCAGGCGACUUAUACGAACUACAAGCCUCUCGUUGGGAAUGGAAACGUCUAAAGCCUAAGCCUGCUAGAAAUGGCCCCUGUCCAUGUCCAAGGAUCGGUCAUAGUUUUACUCUUGUUGGUCAGCGAGCAUUUUUAUUUGGUGGGAUAACAAAUGACAGCGAUGACCCUAAAAACAAUAUACCAAGAUACUUAAACGAUCUGUACACUCUGGAAUUAAAACCCAAUUCAAGUACUAUGUGUUGGGAUAUUCCAAACACAUAUGGUCAGCCACCUACACCUAGAGAAUCUCACAGUGCAGUAGCUUAUCAGGUCCUUGAUGGAAUGAUAAAGAAAUGGCGUCUUUUGGUAUAUGGUGGCAUGUCCGGUAACCGACUUGGGGAUCUUUGGCAAUUAGAAAUUGAUACCAUGACAUGGAUCAAACCUAUCGUUAGUGGAGAUCUACCGGCCCCACGCAGUCUUCACAGUGCAACUGUAAUCGGAAACCGCAUGUUUGUCUUCGGUGGAUGGGUUCCUUUGGUCAUGGAAGAAAUUAAAAUGACAGCUCAAGAAAAAGAAUGGAAGUGUACGAAUACUUUGGCUAGUCUCAAUCUUGACACAAUGGUUUGGGAACCAUUGACAAUGGAAGUUGCUGACGAAUGUCUUCUACCUCGAGCCCGUGCUGGACAUUGUGCUGUAGCUGUUCACAGUCGUUUGUACAUUUGGUCUGGUCGUGAUGGAUAUAGAAAAGCAUGGAAUAAUCAGGUUUGCUUCAAAGAUUUAUGGUUUUUGGAAACUGACCGUCCUGCUGCUCCAACAAGAGUUCAGUUAGUUCGUGCUGGCACACAAAGCCUCGAAGUAACAUGGGGUUCUGUACCUACUGCAGAUGCUUAUAUUUUACAAAUUCAAAAGUAUGAUGUUUCUCCUUCCACAACUUCCACACAUUCCCUGACAUCUUCACCAGUAGAUACAAGUGGAAUUGUUAAAGCUCCAUUAACUGCAUCUGCGGGUUCUCUGAACUUUUCAAGAGCUGGUGCUAUUUCACAGGCCCUCAUUACCACACCAGCUCCUGCUAAUUCUGUUCCGAUACCAACCCCUAUCAGAUUACCUACUACUACUGCCGCUGUUGGUUCAAUAAUACCAAACUCAUGCGUCACUAUGGCUGGACAGAGAGGACCUACUGUAGUUACACCGACAGGUUUAAAGAUCACACCUGUGCCAGGCAGUGCUGUUACAGGACGGACGGCAACUAUCGCAACUGUAGCACAACAUUCCAGUGCAGUUAAUCCAUGUGGUCCGACGAUCAUUCGAAGUUCAUGUCCUCCGAUCGCUCCGAAGCAACACCUUAUUACUGUUAGUGGCAAGCAGGUGGUUUCUGCAGUUUCUGUCGCGAAUAACUCCGGUGUAGCUAAUUCGAAUCCAAAUCAAGUAGUACACAUUGUAAACAAGUCAACAGGUUUAAUCAAACCUAUUAAACUAGUUUCGACCACAACUUCAUCUUCAACUGCUUCCAAAACUAUCACUGUACAACAAGCAUCAGUUGGAACUGGCGUUUCAGUUCCUAAAGUAAUCAAAGCUAUUCCAGCAACGAUGCUUCAGAUGUCUGCGUCUGGUAAGCCUAUUUUAAUUGCUGGUGGUGGUGUAUGCCGUCCGGGCCAGACAACCGUUCAAGUUUCAGGUUCUGUACACAGACCAGCUGGACAGCAAAUAGUUAUCAUGAGUCCAACAAUAUCCUCAUCAACUGCCGUGCCUGCAUCAUCAAAUUUGUACUUAUCUUCUGGAGGUGCUACCAGCCAAAUAAUACGACAGGGAAAUCAAACACAGGUAACCUUAGUCCGACGGGAUCAAUAUGAUUCAACACAUGGUAAUGCGAAUGAUCCAAGUAAUACUACGUCAUCGAUUCUCCAAACUAUUCCACAAUUGGAUGGUGCUGUUGAUGAUGACGAUGAUGAUGUUGAUGAGGACGGUGGUAGUGCUAAAACCGAUGCUUCAUCAGCUGUCCUUUUGGAGUCUAAUUUAGGCAAAGAAAAGUUACAUAUGAAAGGAAAUGUGGAUAUUCUACAAACUGGCAGUCAACAUUCGCCAGCAUAUACAACAGAUGCGAAUUCCGAUUUACAUACGUCAUUAGCCGUGGAAGCUGCUGCUGAACUACUUGCAGAGAUUGGUGAUGACAAUACAUCAGCGUAUUCAGACCAAAAUUCAGCGAGCGUUUCGAAAGAAACUGAUCAGGCAGUCAGAAAUUUGAUUGAUAUCAAGCCUAAUGCAUUAUCCGAAAAUGUCUCUUCUAAUACUGAUCAUGGAAAAGAUUUCAGAGGAAAUUCAGGAUCUUAUGAAGAUCCAGUACAUGCUAAAGAUGGGAAGGAAGGAAAUGGUAGUUCUCUUACUGAUCCUUUGGAAACAUUAGCGUUAGUUGCUGCUCGCCGAAGUGGAAGUGGUGAUGAUCACGAAAAUGAUUCAGUCAUCUCACAUUCUACAGUUUAUUCCAAUUCUGAUUCACAUGUUAUUUGUAAUUCAAAUUCUGGUCGAUUAGUUGCUGUUUCUCUCCCUUAUUCUCGCCUGUCACCAUUAUCUUCCACUUUAGGAGGGGGACAAGUUUCUCGUUCUGUGACAGGUUUGGUCGCGAAUUCCCAUUCAAUCGUAACAACAUCUACCAAUUGUUCUUUAAUAAGUUCUUCGACUACUGUAACACCUGGUACAUUGAUUAGUCGAGGCGACAAUUCUUGGCAUGACGUUGGCGUUAUUAAGUCGACAAAUUAUACUGUAACAAUGUAUUCAGCCUGUACAAAUGAUGCUGGUGUACAUAUGGAAGCUAUCACCGCAUUACAGGGUCCCAAUGGGAUUGGACCGAAUGGACUAACUACACAGGGUCCUAAAUUCCAACUCGCUCCUGGAACAGCCUACAAAUUCCGUGUUGCAGGCCUCAAUGCUUGUGGUCGAGGUCCUUGGUCGGAGAUAAGCGCAUUCAAAACCUGUUUACCAGGUUACCCAGGGGCUCCCAGUGCUAUAAAAAUAACUAAAUCGGACAGUGGUGCACAUUUAACGUGGGAAGCGCCUCAGAACACGGCGGGAAAGAUUACAGAGUAUUCUGUCUAUUUAGCUGUCAAGUCUCAGACUGCAGGACAAGAUUCUACAGAGAGCAAGGUCGGUUCUACACCAUCUGGUAUGGCAUUCGUUCGUGUAUAUUGUGGUCAAUCACCCUCAGCAACUGUUACUUCUGCAACAUUGGCUACUGCUCAUUUAGAUCUUAGUUCAAAACCUGCUGUGAUCUUUCGGAUUGCUGCUCGCAAUGAAAAAGGAUAUGGACCGGCGACACAAGUUCGUUGGCUUCAAGAUGUAUCUAAUACACCUUCCUCUGUUGCUGGAAUAAGUCCUCAACCCAUCAAUUUCCAAGCAACAAAUGCCUCACAGCCGGUUACCAAGCGUGCUCUGAGUUUAGGAACAUCACAAGAAGGAGCUUUUACUACACCAGUCAAGCGAUUAAAAUCAGAUGAUCAAUUAUAGACGUGUUUGUUGCUCAUAUACAUGUUUUCUCCUACAAAAUCAACUGCACAUUCCUUUCUUCAUCCUUUGGAAUUAGUGUGCAAGUAUGGUUUUUAAUUACUAUUAUCAUUAUUUGGGAAAUUUAUACAAAAUCCAUCGCAUUGCCCCCCCCCCUUAUUUGCAUUUCUAAGAUUGUCUACUUUCUAUCGUUUCAUAUUUGUUGUUGUUGUUGUUAUUCUGAAGCACUAAAAACUCCACAGUAUCUGAAAUAUUUUAGUGUUUCUGAAAUUUUGUUUUUCAACUGUUAAUGAUAAAUUAUUAUUAUUAUUUUUUCAUCAUUUGUUCAAGCAUAAAAUCUGCUGAAAAAUGUACAUAUAUAUAUAUAUACAAAUUCAUAUGUUGUCCUAUUUAAUUUACUUGAAACACUGAUUUGCUUAUUUUUGUGAAUUCAUGUUGUUGUUUUUUGUUUUCUUCUUGACAUUUUGUACAAUUGUUUAUUAUUAUUAUUAUUUCCUCUUGUAAUUUCUUUGUAUUUAUUAUUAUAUGUGUAUAUUUAUUCACUGGCAUGUUUUUAUUCAACUCGUUUUGGUUACCGUUUAUACAUUUUCUUGAUUACAGUCAUUUUCAUUACUGUCCCCAACAACAAUGGUAAUUAUUCUCUUACUUUUGAAAAAUAAGUAGUGAGAAGCCUAAUAACUUAAAUAUAUAAAAACAAACCUUAUUACUCAUUGCCUUUGGUUUCAACAGUUUGUGUACGUUCAAGUUUAGUUUAUUAUAUUGUGUACAGUUUUGAUAGUGUUUGCUUGGUUAUGUCUUUUGUUAAGUUAACGAUAAAAAAAAGUUUAUCUUACUUGUACAGAUUGACUAUUCGAUUAAUGUCAUUGUCCUCAGUACACAAAGACUUCUGAUGUGUAUUUUUGAAAGCAUCAAAUUUCAGCUAGAUUCUUGCAUUUCCCACCAUUAUGGUGGCUAACCAUUCUGGUGUUUUGUAUUACGAAGAGUAUGAAAAGUUUUUAUCUACUGUCUCCGACAAAACUCAACACAAAAUUUUAUGGGUACAAUUAGAAAUUUAAUCGGUCUGUUUCAAACUGAUAAUACGUUAAAACAAGGCAAUAGACGGGUGUGGAUAUUUAUUGCGAGAGGUUACAUAUGCAUAUACAUAACCCUUAAUCAUAAAUGUCUUCGAAGUAUUGCUCGUAUAUCCUGGGACCAUCGAGUAAUUAAUGC